AUGGGAAGCUUUCAUCGCCGGACUUUUUCUUACGAUAAACUUCCCACCGAACCCAUUAGGCUCUCCGUUCUAAAACUAGAUGGCUCGUCCUUCGAUGUUUACGUAAUGAGCUCUGCGACCGUUGGGGAUCUCAAGCUCGCCAUAGAGACUGCCUUCAGCCACGUCCCCAAGAAGGGACCCUCCAAGAUCUCAUGGUCACACGUGUGGGGACAUUUCUGCUUGUGUUUUGGGGGUCAGAAAUUAGUCACCGAUACGGAGUGCAUCGGAAGUUAUGGAGUAAAGGACGGUGAUGAGGUAAGGUUUAGAAACCAUGUGUCGGGCAAUGCGGUAUUGACCAAGGGAUAUUCUAGAAAAUCCAAACAAAAGAUUCCAGAGAGGGUAGAGACAAAGGAUGAAGAGGAGGAAAGGAAUAGAAUGGAGAAGAUUGACGAUCACGACGACUCUUGGGAUGAUCUCGAGAAAGGAAGCUUAGUUAGAUACGGAGAAUAUGACUUGGAAGCUUCUCUAAGGGAGAACAGGUCUUGUCUUUCAAAUGUCCGAGGUUGCUGCUUUGCUUUUGGUUUAAAGGAGCUUUUUGGGUUUGCCAAUGACAGAAGCUAUUAUUACUCUUUGAGAGAUACUUGGAGAGACGAUUGA